AUGCAUUUCCCUCUCUUCCUCUUCCUCCUUUCAUGCCUCACGCUGUUCGCCUACUGUGCGCCGACGCCAUUCCAGGCGGAGUUUGACCUCGCACUGCGUGAAUUGAGCGACCUUGUCCAACGGUCAGGUGUUGACGACGAAUUUCUCUCUUUGACAAGGCGCGCCGAUCGCACGUUUCCGUGCCUUGCUAGGAGGGGAAUGGACUACUUACACGUUCAUUCAGACCAGGUCAUGAUCAACCUAAGGGGACACCAGCUCACGCUGCAAAAAUUCGCCAACCAGGGCAAUUCGCACAGCGUAGUAUACACCGUGGCCACCCCAGGGUCUUUUCACGGCGACUUCGCGAAAACGAACGUCGCGGAGAGCGAGCUCGCGGCAACGACCGCGGCUGGCGCUGUGCAGCUUGCUGGUUAUGACUCGAGUCACAGGCGGUGGAUGAUCGUCCGGCGGUCACCCGGCAUGCACAUCACGCAGACGAGUACAUUCCGGAGGGUGGCGCACGACCCGGCGCAGUGCGAUGUCUUGCUCCGCCGUGCAGCCAAGCUCGCCGCCGCGACGAUGAUGAGCUAUUGGCAACACACGGGCUGGCUGCAGAACGACCCGAACCUGCAGAACGUCCUGUUCGAUGACCACAUGACCGUCGCCUACGUGAUUGACUGGGGCCAGGCGAUCCGCCCGCACUCCCAGCCGAGCGAAGCACAGAUCGAGGCUCAGGCGUACCACAUGUUUUCGUCCUCAGGUUUCUGUAGGUCUGUUGCUCCGCCGCCGAUGGGACCGCCCAGGGGAGGAGCAACAGCCCAUGGUUCAUCCACGAGGCCUUCGGCAAAGGGAUCGUCGAGGAGAGUUAUGAUGCAAUUCUAG